AUGGGUUUGGUCGACUACUCAGAAUCCUCUGGAUCAGAGGAUGAGGCACCCGUCAAGCCAACAGUCUCGAAGCCCACAACCACCGCCACAGGCAAAAAGCCAUUCCAAAAAGUCGUCGACCGAUCGAACCCAGGCAAGAUCGUCGUCAGUCUGCCAUCAACACAACCCGAAGCCUCGAAGGCCACGCUCCCGAACGACGAACCUCCAGCGAAGCGCGCGCGUACAGGAAAUGGUGGUGGUCGAUUCAGCGGCUUCAACUCUUUCCUUCCAACGCCCAAGAACGCUGCCGCAAAGGCCGCUGCUUCGGCGCAAAGCAGCGGCAGCAGCGGAAGCUCGUCGCGGCCGGCGUUCCAACUCAAAACAGGGGCGGAACCUGGAUUCAGCAGAGAAAGAGGAGGAUCAGAUGCGAAUGGAAUGCCAGGCUCCGCGGCCGGCGGGCUCAGUCUGCCCCCGCCCAAAGCCCAGGCGCAACCGUCGAUACCAGAGGGGAUGAAGCCCGCGGACGAAGUCAAGCUGGUGGGCAAGCCAAUGAUGUUCAAGCCUCUCUCCGUGGCCAGGAAUACCAAAAAGAAGAAGACAGUGGCCUCUGUGGCCCCAGUAGCGACGGCACCAAAGCCCGUGUCGACGUUGACUGUAGAGCCGGAGGUCGCACCGGCACCAGCACCAGCACCCAAAAAAGUCUCUCUCUUCUCCAUAGAGACCGAAGAGACAUCGACAGAUGCUACCAAGACUGGAAACGCCGGCGCAUACGAGCCUCUCUUCGAAACCGAGCAGCCGGCGGCAGCGGACAACGGCUACGCAGACUACGCAGCACAAGCGCACUUCACGGCCCCGACGACGGCGCCCAACACAUCAGACUCCCUUGACACCAUCGCCAACGAUCUCAACCUUUCAGCAGCAGCCAGGCGCGAGCUAUUCGGCCGCCAAAAGGGCGGCAACAUCGGCGCCGUGCCGCAGACGGCGUCGAGGGUCAUCAACUUCAACACGGACCAGGAGUACAGGCACAACGAGCAGAUUCGCGCCGCGGGUCAACAGCAGAUUCACAACCCCGUGCGGGCCAUCGCUCCGGGCAAGCACAGCUUGCAGCAGCUCGUCAACCAGGUGCAGAACCAGCGCGAGGCCCUCGAGGACAGCUUCGCCAAGGGCAAGAGCAACAGGAAGGAGGCGUCGAGUCGAUACGGAUGGUAG